CCUCGAUAGCCGUUUGCUACAAUUUUCUUCUUUCUUCUACUCGUCCAUACCGAUCAAUUUAUGACUGCUUCCUUCUUUUGUACGGGGAAAUACAAAACCGGAUAAUCAAGCUAUUUGCUAUUUAUAUACUCUCCUUUCCCUUCCGGAGUCUCAAAGCUUGAGCUUUUGUUGCCGAUUAAGCAGCGAUGGCCGACUCUUCAGAGUUUGAUCCUCAAUCUAUUCUUUCUCACAAAUACCCUGAUACCACAUACACCUAUACCGAAAGAGAUGUUGUGCUCUAUGCGUUGGGUGUAGGAGCUUGCGGACGGGACGCCGUGGAUGGGGACGAACUUAAAUAUAUUUACCAUGAAAAUGGGCAACAAUUUGUCCAGGUCUUGCCAACAUUUGCCGCUCUGUUUUCGCUUGCAUCCGCGCCAAAUGGUUUCGAUCUGCCGGGGUUGCAAUACGACCCACGGCUUCUGUUGCACGGACAACAAUACAUAGAAUUACACAGGCCGUUUCCAUCAAGUGGUUGUAUACACAAUAAAGUCAGUCUUGCAGGAUUGCAUGAUAAAGGCAAAGCAGCUAUUAUUGAGAUCGAGACAAAAAGCUAUGAGAAAGAUUCUGGUGAAUUAUUAUGCAUAAACCGGAUGACAGGUUUUCUGCGGGGUGCUGGUGGCUUCUCAAAAUCAUCUCAGCCAUAUUCCUACUCAAGCUAUUCAUCCAACAAGGUUUUGAGUGUGAAAAUCCCAAAAAGUCAACCAUUUGCAGUGUUUGAGGAUUGUACCCAACCAUCUCAGGCAUUGCUGUAUAGGCUCUCUGGUGAUUAUAAUCCUUUGCAUUCAGAUCCUAUGGUUGCAAAAGUUGCUGGAUUCUCGCGACCAAUAUUGCAUGGGUUGUGCACACUCGGGUUUUCAGUUCGGGCAAUCAUUAAGUGUAUCUGCGGAGGAGAUCCAAACUUGGUCAAAAGCAUAUCAGCACGGUUCCUUUUACAUGUGUACCCUGGUGAAACUUUGAUCACUGAGAUGUGGCUCGAAGGCUUAAGGGUUAUAUACCAGGCGAAGGUGAAAGAACGAAACCGGACAGUGCUAUCUGGCUAUGUGGAUAUCCAUCGUUUAAGUUCAGCAUUAUGAAUUAAUUGGGUGCAGAAUAAACAUACAGUACUCUGGUUUGGUUGUAUUUUAGUGUGGUCAAAAGUAGUUAUUUUCUUAGGUUGUUCUUGGAGAGCGUAUUCAAUAAGAGGCUUUUAAAAGCCUAAUGUUGCUCUUCAUAAUAACAUGAGAAAAGAGAGCCUUUAGUGAUCUAUGGGCAAUCAUUUGACGCAGUUUUGUCCUCCUAUUAAAAUGGGUUAUUCUAUACUCAAAA